AUGCGGCUUGACAACGCGCGCGCCCCGCGCCUGCCGCUGCUGUUGGUGGUGCUGCUGCUGCUGAUGCUGGCGCUGACGUCUGCGUGCGUGCUUGCGUGCUUGCUUGGACCCGGGGCUGGGGUUGUCUUGGGUGGGCUUGCGAGGGCUGGCGAGGUUCUGCCUUGCCAUGGCCGGGGGAGGGAAAGGAAGGGAGGGGGUGCGCUGUGGCUGUGUAGGUGA